AUGGCGGCGACGACGGCGGCAUCGUCGUCGUCCCCGGCUGGCGGCGCCUCGUCGCCGGCCCAGGCACCGGGCGGAGGCGGAGGAGGAGGAGGCGGCGGCGUGCCGUACCACCGGUCGCGGUUCGGCGACACGACGCUGACCAAGGUUUUCGUGGGCGGGCUGGCCUGGGAGACGCCGUCCGCGGGGCUGCAUGACCACUUCCGGGAGUACGGCGAGAUACUCGAGGCGGUCGUCAUCACCGAUCGCGAGACCGGCCGAUCUAAGGGCUACGGAUUCGUGACGUUCCGGGACCCGGAGUCGGCGCAGCAGGCGGUGCAGAACCCGAACCCGAUGAUCGCCGGCCGGCGCGCCAACUGCAACAUUGCGUCCAUGGGCCCGCCGCGACCAUCGCCGCAGAGAGGGAGGGCCCCACGCGGGCCGGAUCAGCAGCACUCGGGCCCGCAGCCAUACAUGGGCGGCAGGAUGCACCACCAGCAGCAGAUGCCCACCCCGCCUCACGCCAUGUUCUACACCCCUUCACCGUACGGCGCUGCUGCUGGGUUGCGGUUGACGUACCCCAUAUAUGAAAUUUAUUGGAAUGGGCAGUGUGGAGUACAGAUCGUUGGCGCAGGAUUCCUUGACCGGUACUGGUACCCACCUGAUUAUCCAUACCAGCAGGCCUAUUACAAUCAAAUGCAGCAAUACUACUCUCAGCACUAUGGCCAAACAUCCCCUUCAACAUCACCAUACCCAUUCAUGGGGUUCAUGACAAGUGGCCAGAAUCCAAGGGCCGGCUUCUCGCCAUUGCACCAGCAAGCUGCGCCGCCGCCGUUCUUUCAGCAGACGACCGAGGGUUCUUUCCAGGCAGCGCCUUCGCUCCCUCCUAAUUUCAGACUCCAGUUGCCCCCUCGUGCAAUCUCAAGGCAGUCUGAUGAUGUAUCCGGUUCACAACCAACUCAGACAGUAUCCGAGGCUGAGGCUACAAACGCAGAUAACCAAGAAGCUUCAGCGCCUGUUGAAAGAUCAAAUUCAGAGGAAAACACCUCGAACUGA